AUGCGCCACACGCUUUCAAUUCUCGCCGUUCUCGCAAGCACUGCUCUCGCAGGCGAUAUUCAAGCCCGAGAUGCGUGCGUUGAUGCGUGCAACAACGCGUGGGACACAUGCCGUGCGAAGCCUGACGCGAACCGUGCCUCGUGUGCUGCAGACUUCGCUGGCUGCGUCGGGUACAACCCCUUCGAAUCAGGAUCUUUCGUUCCACCCACCACUUGUGUGACCACCACCAGUUCCACCCCGGCCCCAUCAGCUCCUCCCGCCCGCCCCUGCGUGACGGCUUGCAACAAUGCCUACGACACUUGCCGCUCCAAGCCUGACGCCAACCGUGCCGGGUGUGCUGCCGACUACGCUGGCUGCCUUGGGUACAACCCCUUUGAAUCAGGAUCUCUGAUCACGCCCACUGCCUGCGCUGGGGCCUCGAUCCUGCCCACGAUGGUUUCGCCAAAUGCCACCAGCUCGAAGAACAUGAACCCCCCGCCCGCCGCCACUACGAAGCCGGUACAAGUUGCCGGGGCUGGAAAUAUGAAGCCUGCUAUGGCGCUGCUUGCGGGCGUGGGAGCAGUGGCGCUUCUCUAG